AUGUUCAAAGAAGAAGGGGGAAACAGCAAGAGGAAGGCGACGAAGACGAAGAAGAAAGAGGAAGAGGAGGAGGCCGCUACGGUUGCUCAAGAGAUUGAUUCUUGCUUCUACUUUGGUUCCCAUUCUAAGAAGCGGCUCCACAACCUAGUCCUUGGACGUAUGUAUGAUCAUCAUGUUUAUGAUCUUGUUGAGGUUGGAGUUGAAAACUUCAAGCCAUUAGAAUCUUUCACCUAUGACAAGAAACCAGCACCAAAAGCUGGAACAAAACCAUUAUUUGCUUUCAUAGGUGAAGGUUUUGAAAGUGUGGAAGAACUAAUGCACUUGAAGGAAGUGCUGCUUGAUAUAUUUAGAGGAGAGGAAGGUGACGAAGACGAAGAAGAAAGAGGAAGAGGAAGAGGAAGGUGA